AUUGCUCAUUCUUUUUUUACCAUUUUGUCUAUAUUUUGUGCAGCUUUAGUUUCAAAUUUUUAAUUCGUUUCCUAAAUGUACAGUAGUGCAAUCUAACUCUGCAGCGGUACAUGGUCGGCAGCUGGUUCAGGAGAAUACAACGUAAUCGACAGUCGUCAACAUCAACCGAUAAACGUUAUACGACGGUGCCACUUGGCUGGAUGCACUAACUAUUAAUUGUUCCUCCGGCUGGAGAGGGUGUCAAUUAGAGAGUAAAAUUGAUUGACCAGCGCCAUGUGUGAAGAGAGCUGGAAAGACUGCGCCGAAUGGCUGACUCGUUGUGGCCUCCUCCCCCCUGAGCACCGAGCCCAGACCUCUAUCAAAGAUUUGGCAUAUACGCUACGAGACGGAGUACAGCUCUGUCGCCUCCUCAAUUGCUUACAGAGCAACGCCCUGGACCUCAAAGAGAUUUCCUUAAAACCUCAGAUGGCUCAGUUUUUAUGUCUACGAAAUAUCCGCACCUUUCUACAAACAUGCAAAAAUAUAUUCGACCUACACGACACAGACCUAUUUCAACCAUCAAUGCUGUUUGAUUUAUCAGACUUUGGAAAAGUAUUAUUUACUUUGUCAAAACUGUCUAAUUCACCCAAGGUUCUACAAGCUGGAUUUGCUGGAUUUUCUGCCCUGCCCGAUCGUGCUCCUAUAUUAGAUGAAGAAAUGUGUCAAAAUUUGGAGGAUCUUGUGAGUCAAGAACCGGAAGAAAUUUUUGAAGAGGACUAUUACUCUGUGGUUGUACAAACAGAGGAGGACAUUUAUCAAGAUUUAUGCUAUAUUGAUCGUCAAACACAAAAACCACCUGUUACUCUACGAGAGAAACGGGAUUAUGUGAAAGGGGAGCUGUUAGAAACCGAAGGAAAUUAUAUCGACGCAUUGAUGAUGCUAAAAAAGAAAUUCAUGAAGCCACUGUCUAGUUUAAUGAAAGAGGAAGACCGUAAAAUUGCAUUCUUUGGUAUUAAGGAACUUAGUGAGAUUCACACCGGAUUUCUGAAUGAUUUAAACCGAGUCCUAACUACAACAUCAACUUCAAAUUCCACUGCACCAACAGCAUAUUCUUACAGUACCGGAUUGAACAAAACGCUAGGAGAUAUAUUCGUUCUAUGGAAAGACAAAUUUAUCAUAUACGGGGAUUAUUGCGCUAAUUUAACGAGGGCCCAAAGUAUCGUAGAAGAACUAUGUACGAAAAACGAACUAAUUAAUCAAGAAAUCAUGCGAGCAGAAAAAGAGGCAAAUGAAGGAAGGUUCAAACUUCGAGACUUGUUGUCUGUGCCCAUGCAGCGCAUUUUAAAGUAUCAUCUACUUCUUCAAAAACUACUUGACGAGACAUCCAUGGAACAACAUGGUUAUGACGAGUACAAAUCCAUUGAAAGAGCUCGGGAUGCAAUGUUUGAUGUGGCAGAUUUUACAAACGAAGUCAAGCGUGAUAGUGAAACCCUACUUAUAAUUCGUCAAAUAGAAGGGAGUAUUUAUGACCUUAAAAUGCCUGAUGGAAUGGAAUUAAAGGAUUACGGCAGAUCUCAAAAAGAUGGAGAAUUGAGAAUCCGUGGGCAUGAUGACAAUCGACUCAAGUCGCGCUACGUCUUUAUCUUUGAUAAAGUCCUGUUAAUGUGCAAAACAACAAGGAUGAUGGAUAAACUUUUACGGGGGGAGCAAUACAGCUACAAGCAUUCUUUGUGUUUGCAAGAGUAUCGCGUAGAAGAUGAUGUUCCUGCUGGAACAAUAAAAAAAUCUGGGACCAGGGAGGCCCGCUGGAGUUUUUGUUGGAACCUAGUUCACAUCAAGGGUUACAACGUGUACACUAUGUAUGCCCAAACAGAAGAACAGAAACGAAGGUGGAUAAAAUCACUGGAAAUUGCUUUAACAAAUAUUCAGCCUGAAGAAUGUCGACGGACCGAUCACAUGUUAACAAUGCAUACAUUCGAAAGAGGAGCAACUUGCUCACAAUGUUCGAAAUUCAUGAAGGGACUAUUUUACCAAGGUUAUAAAUGUAUCAGAUGCGAUGUAAAUGCUCACCGGGAAUGUAUAAUUAAUCUUCAUUCCUGUGGAACCGUUCAUCCUCCGGAACUCCCCCCUCGCCCUCCAUUACUUCCACUAAUGAACACUAAUUCGACAGACUCUACAAUUACGAGUCCGACAGGGUUAACAUUUCCUGAAACGAGUCUACCUUCAUUUCGAGUACCAUCCAGCCCAUCUACACACUCACCACCGCUGCCAUUAAACAACGUUAACUCUCCAUCCACAUCCAAUGGAAUGCGUCUAUCUAUAGCCCAACCAUCUCACCAUUACGUUAAUCUCAAUCAUUUAGAAAAUUAUCCUUGGUAUGGUGGAGAAAUGGAUCGGGAUCUUGCCACUUCCGUGCUAGAAGUUCAGCCCAAUGGGACGUUUCUUGUCAGAGUACGACCUACUCUUGCGGGAGGAUCAAUUGGCGAUGCUACGUAUGCCCUGUCGCUCAAGUGGAGUGAACAGGUGAAACACAUGAAAAUCCUUGUAACACCGGGCGAAAGACUAUUCUACCUAUCUGAAUCCAGAUACUUCAAAUCUGUAGUGGAAUUGAUAAACUGGUACCAGCACAACUCAUUGUCAGAGAGUUUUAGUGGUCUUGAUGCAUGCUUGGAAAGAUCAUUCGAGAAACCCGAAGGUCCUGGAACCCCAGCAGCAUUGCGAUACGUUCUAUCAGAUUCUCCACAACACAAUCCCGUUAUGACUAGAAUUCCUGGAACCCCAUCAUAAUCAAACCAACAUUGACAGUUCUCAAAUAACUUUUACAUAAUACGUACAUAUUAUGUACAUACGUUUAUCAAUCAUCAAUCAAUCCUCCCAAGACUCGUAGCUAGAUAAAUGAUAUUUCAUAUCUAAGCCAGUCUGACUACAAGAACAUCGUUACCGACAUUCCGCUUAAUUAUGAUAAUACUUGAUUCUAACUAAUUUUACUUUAGGUUGCUACCUAAAUUACUUCAACGUCUACCUUAUAACCACAUUUUACUCAAUUUAGUCCGCCAUCGAGCUCUUUUUUGCAUUUAAAAUAACAAAUCAAGCAAUGCAUACAUAGUCAAACUCUUUCAGUAUAUUUCAAUUCCGGAUGUAUCCAUAUGUACGUGCCAAACUCGAGCACAGUUGCUAUAUGUGUAGUUGUUUUUAGUCUGAACUAAUUGUGUAUUCAUUACGACAAUCUUUCACAAAUAUCAAUAAAAUCGUUAAAUAAAGA